AUGAAGGUGUUCGCCUGCCCUGCUGAGGUGUCUCCUCCUCCUCCCCCCACCCCUCUGGCUGGGGCAGCUGCUUGGCUGGGCAAGUCAGCCUUAGUCCCUGUACUGCUCUUCUGGUCCCUGAAACUCUGCUGCCAGGGGAGCCAGAGUCACCCAGGAAGGUGUCCUCCUGUGUUGGACCCCGACAGGAAGCCACGUGAGCCCAGCUGGGGUGCAGCCCCAGCCGAUGCCCCAGUGGGCCACCCUUCUCAGGAGAGGCUUCAGGCUCUACCCUCUCCCAUGGCGCAUGGACCAGAGCCUGAAGCCGAGGGACUUUUGGACCUCAGCUUCCUGACAGAGGAGGAACAGGAGACCAUUGCUGAAGUCCUCAAACGAGAUGCCCACCUGCGCCAGCUGGAGGAGGGGCGGGUCAGCAAACUCCGGGCCUCACUGGCAGACCCUGAGCAGCUGAAGAUCCUGACAGGUGACUGGUUCCAGGAAGCACGCUCCCAGCGGCACCACCAUGCCCACUUCGGCUCUGACCUUGUCCGAGCCUCUAUUCGCAGGAAGAAGAGCUCCAGGGGAGAACAGGCUCUGGGCAGUGAUGGGGAGGCUGAGGCUGCCGGGAAAGAGACUGAAGAGGAGCCAGAACUCAGGCUCCCCAUAGAACAGGUCCCUCCAGAGAGGCGCAGUGAGACACAGGGACCUGAUGUCCCUUCACCAUAUGCCCCCUCAAAGGCGUCAGAUCAUCAGGAGGCCCAGGCCCAGGGAGCCCCUGGCCGAGGGGGCGUGCAGGUGGACGCCGAGGAAAUGGGCCUGGCGUGGAAGCCCUCGCCGCAGGCGGAGAAGGAGCCGCCGCCCCCGCCAGCUCAGACCGAGAUGGCAUCCGAGAUCCUGCAGAACGGGGAGGAGGAUCCGGGGCGCGGCCCCUCACUCGACCGCAUGCUCAGCAGCAGCUCCUCUGUGUCCAGCCUCAGCUCCUCCACGCUGAGCAGCAGCCAGAUGAGCCUGUCGGGGGAGGUGGAGGCGGGCGCGGUGCAGGUGCAGGUGCGCGGCUCUGUGCACUUCGCGCUGCACUUCGAACCCAGUGCCUCCGAGCUGCGCGUGCACGUGAUCCAAUGUCAGGGCCUGGCUGCCGCCCGGCGUGGCCGCUCCGACCCCUACGUCAAAAGCUACCUCCUCCCAGAUAAACAGAGCAAGCGCAAGACCGCGGUGAAGAAGAGGAAUCUGAACCCGGUCUUCAACGAGACUCUCCGGUACUCCAUCCCGCAGGCCGAGCUCUCGGGCCGCGUCCUGAGCCUGUCGGUGUGGCACCGGGAAAGCCUGGGUCGCAACAUCUUCCUGGGCGAAGUCGAAGUGCCCUUGGACACGUGGAACUGGGACUCGGAGCCUACCUGGCUCCCCCUGCAACCCCGAGUGCCCCCCUCUCCCGAUGACCUUCCCAGCCGCGGGCUGCUCUCCCUAUCCCUCAAGUACGUCCCUGCCGGCUCCGAGGGCGCGGGAUUGCCUGAGAGCGGGGAGCUGCACUUCUGGGUGAAGGAAGCUCAGGACCUCAUCCCGUUGCGCUCAGGAUCCCUGGAUACGUACAUUCAAUGCUCAGUGCUACCUGAUGACAGCCGGGCCAGCCGCCAGCGAACAAGGGUGGUUCGACGCAGCCUCAGUCCAGUAUUCAACCACACCAUGGUUUACGAUGGCUUUGGGCCUGCUGACCUGCGCCAGGCCUGUGCUGAGCUUUCCCUCUGGGACCACGGGGCCCUGACUAAUCGCCAGCUGGGGGGGACACGCCUCAGCCUAGGUACUGGUAGCAGCUAUGGGCUCCAGGUACCCUGGAUGGAUUCCACACCUGAGGAGAAGCAGCUGUGGCAGACACUCCUGGAGCGGCCAUGUGAAUGGGUGGAUGGCCUUCUACCCCUCAGAACCAACCUGGUCCCCAGGGCAUAGCCCUAUCAAAUCCCUCUCUCUGGACUCCCCUCUCAGAGCCCACCCUUGGUUAGAGUCUAUUAAUAAAGUCUGUUUUAAGGACAA